UACCGAGUUUCCUGUGAUGGUUUGUCAGAGCUCUGCUUCUGUCUUUCACGAGUUGAAAAUGUUGUUGCUGUGCUGAUGGAUGAGGUGUUGCCUUUCCUAUCUCAUCAGCUGGGGACUUCAAGGGCUGCAGGCACCCUCGCUGGGGAGAACGCUUGAGGCACUUCUCCACACGAAGGGCUGUCACGUUGUAUGUCGAAGGUAUGGCUACAGGCAUCCACAUGAACCAAAACAAGAGUGGUCAAAUACAAUAGGGAGGCAAGGAGAGCAACCACAAGGGCAGGACCUCCCCAUGCAGGAGGCAACAUUCAUUUAAAUUGCCUUGGUGAUGGUCUACAGCACUGAUGCAGAAACAGGGUCGAGUUUUGUGUGUUGCAAGGGUCGCGGUAUUUUUUUACCUUUCUGUCUGGAUAAUGGUAGGAUACUGCCGGUAGACAAGAAGAACCCGGUCGUUCAGGAUGUCUGACCCCAGCUACUGGACAGCAUUGCCUAGCCACAAGACACACUUUGUUACGGGCGCCUUGCUUCAGCGAUCUAAAAGCUGUCGCAGUAGUAACAGGAAAAGCUUGGUGCUUGGGACUCCAUCUCCAACCCUUUCGCGACCUCUGUCACCCCUUUCUGUGCCCACAGCUGCAAGCAGCCCUCUGGACAGUCCCAGAAAUUUUUCAACCAGUGCCUCAGUCAACUUUCCCUUUGCCCGCAGUCAUGUGCCACGGACAGACAGGACUGAUGGACGGAGGUGGUCACUGGCCUCUUUACCUUCCUCUGGUUAUGGAACAAACACUCCCAGCUCUACUGUCUCUUCCUCUUCCUCCUCUCAGGAGCGGCUACACCAGCUUCCCUUCCAGCCCACACCAGAUGAGCUACACUUCCUUUCCAAACAUUUUCGCAGCACAGAGAGUGUUGGUGAUGAAGAUGGCAGGCGUUCACCACAUAUGCGUCCACGCUCCAGAAGCCUCAGCCCUGGGAGAACAUCUGGUUGCUUUGAUAAUGAGAUCAUUAUGAUGAAUCAUGUUUACAAGGAAAGGUUCCCAAAGGCUACGGCCCAGAUGGAGGAGCGUCUGCAAGACAUUAUAACAAACUACUCUCCAAGCAGCACUCUGCCUCUAGCUGAUGGCGUCCUCAGCUUUAUCCACCAUCAAAUUGUGGAAAUUGCACGUGACUGUCUCGAGAAGUCUCAGAAUGCACUUGUGAGCUCACGGUAUUUCAUGGAGUUGCAAGAAAAGCUGGAGAAGAUGCUGCAAGACGCCUAUGAGAGAUCAGAGAGUGAGGAAGUAACGUUCAUCACCCAGCUGGCUCGAAAGCUGCUGAUUAUAAUAGCACGACCUGCUCGAUUGCUGGAGUGCUUGGAAUUUGAUCCUGAGCAGUUUUAUCAUCUUCUUGAAGCAGCAGAAGGUCAUGCAAAAGUUGGUCAAGGAAUUAAAACAGAUAUUCCUCAGUACAUCAUCGGCCAGUUGGGAUUAACUAGGGAUCCCUUGCAAGAAAUGGUUCAUUUGGAGCAUUUGGACAGUGGAAGCACCAUCACCCCUGAAUCAGAUGAGGCAGCAGAGGGUCAGGCAGUAUCAUCCACACCCUCUCGAAGGAAACCCCGUGAGAGUGAUUUUGAAACGGUAAAGCUUGUCAGUAAUGGAGCAUAUGGGGCUGUGCAUCUUGUGAGACACAAAGAAACUCGACAGCUAUUUGCCAUGAAGAAGAUCAACAAACAGAACCUUAUCCUAAGGAACCAGAUCCAGCAGGUGUUUGUGGAACGUGACAUCUUGACAUUUGCAGAAAACCCCUUUGUGGUCAGCAUGUACUGCUCCUUUGAGACCAGACGCCAUCUGUGCAUGGUUAUGGAGUAUGUGGAAGGAGGAGAUUGUGCCACACUGCUGAAGAACAUGGGCCCCCUGCCAGUGGACAUGGCUCGAUUGUAUUUUGCUGAAACUGUCCUAGCACUUGAGUACCUUCACAAUUAUGGGAUUGUGCAUCGAGAUCUUAAACCUGACAACUUAUUAAUAACAUCUCUUGGUCACAUCAAGCUGACAGACUUUGGGCUUUCAAAGAUAGGCCUUAUGAACAUGACCACUAACCUGUAUGAAGGCCACAUUGAGAAAGAUGCCAGGGAGUUUGUGGACAAACAGGUUUGUGGAACCCCAGAAUAUAUUGCACCUGAAGUCAUCUUGAGACAGGGCUAUGGGAAGCCGGUUGAUUGGUGGGCUAUGGGAAUCAUUCUGUAUGAGUUUCUAGUGGGCUGCGUUCCUUUCUUUGGUGACACAACAGAGGAGCUGUUUGGCCAGGUGGUUAGCGAUGAUAUCAUCUGGCCCGAUGGGGAUGAUGCUUUACCUGCUGAGGCCCAAAAUCUCAUCACACUGCUGCUUCGGCAGAACCCACUGGAUCGUCUUGGCACAGGAGGGGCUCAUGAGGUGAAACAUCAUUUGUUUUUUCAUAACCUGGACUGGAAUGGAUUACUACGACAGAAGGCAGAGUUUGUCCCCCAAUUGGAGGCUGAAGACGAUACCAGUUACUUUGACACUCGGUCAGAGAGAUACCAUCACCUGGGCUCUGAGGAGGAUGAUGAAACGAAUGAUGAGGAAUCCUCCCUGGAAAUACGCCAGUUUUCUUCCUGCUCUCAUCGUUUUAGCAAGGUUUAUAGCAGCUCUGAAUUUCUAGCUUGUCAGCCAAACCAGAGUUUCUCCUCCUCAGAACGAAGCCGCAGUGAAGAUAAGGAAGACGGCACUGAUCGAUGGGACACUAGUGUUACCGCAGGUGGAGGGGAAAAGAACCGAGUGCCAGCCAAUGAAAACAGACUGCGGCUUCGAUCUUCUUCCAGUUGUUCCCAUCCUGAUGGCAGUCGAAGCCCCUUAACUCUCAGCAGUGCCCACAGUUUGGAGAUAAUGCCUAGGUUUGCCUUUUCCACAGAGGAUGAUAGCUACAGCUGUGCAAACCCGAAACCUGAGAAGCCAAUGUUUGUAGUUGGAGACUCUGAAACUCUAAAAUCCACUGAUGUUCUUGUAACCAGCCUUAGUCGAGUUCGUUUACGAAGUAAUAGCACAGGCACCAAGCACUCAUCCCAUAGGGCAUCAGACUUUGGCGUGUUUCGCAGACUUGGAAGUCAGACAGACACUACUACUGAAAAACAAAGGACAUCUCCAGGGAACAAAGUGCCAAAAUCUGCAUCUGUCUCUGCACUGUCUCUUAUCAUUACCUCAGAUGAUUAUGGGAGUGGGCCACUUGUCAGUCCAAUAUCACCACGUUCUUUGUCUUCCAACCCUUCAUCGCGAGACUCUUCCCCCAGCCGUGAUUCAUUUAAUGUCACCAGUCUUAGACCACCAAUCAUCAUUCAGAGCUCUGGAAAGAAGUAUGGCUUCACCUUGCGUGCAAUCCGUGUUUACAUGGGCGACAGUGAUGUGUAUACAGUUCACCACAUGGUGUGGAGUGUGGAGGAAGGCAGUCCAGCACAUGAGGCAGGAUUACAAGCUGGAGACCUCAUCACGCAUGUUAAUGGAGAGCCAGUCCACGGGCUGGUUCACAUGGACGUAGUGGAGCUCCUACUUAAGAGUGGCAGUAAAGUAGCUCUGAGGACUACAGCUCUUGAAAACACAUCUAUCAAAAUUGGGCCUGCCCGGAAAAACAGCUCCAAGACCAGGAUGGCAAGAAGAAGCAAGAGGUGCAAAAAGAAGGAUGGACAGGAAAGGAGAAGAUCGAUUUUUCGGAAGUUGUCCAAACAAUCAACUGUUCUCCACACAAGCAGAAGUUUCUCAUCAGGCCUGCAUCACUCCUUGUCGUCAAGUGAGAGUCUUCCUGGUUCUCCUACACACAGUUUGUCUCCUGGACCGUGCACUCCCUGCCGUAGUCCUGCACCUGAUCAGCAGCACUCUGAUGCUAAUUCUCCACAGAGCACAUCCCCAUGUUCCAGUACCCCCAGUUCUCCAGCAGCACAUAUUAGGCCAAGUUCCCUGCAUGGACUAGCACCAAAACUCAGUGGACAGCGCUACAAGGUCAGUCGUCGAAAGUCAACUAGUAGUAUCCCUCCAUCACCUCUUGCCUGUACUCCUUCACCUACUCCGCAACCUCCAUCUCCGCAGAGAUCCCCAUCUCCUUUACCAUCUUUUAGUAAAAAUGUUCAUUCUUUCCAUGGCAAAACUCUCUCACCACCAACCAUUGUAAGACAUGUUGCUCGCCCAAGAAGUGCAGAGCCACCAAGAUCUCCAUUAUUGAAAAGAGUGCAGUCAGCUGAGAAGAUAUCUGCAGCAUAUCAUUCAGACAAGAAGAUGCUGGGACCACGAAAGAAUACUUUGGAGGUGCCUCAAAGUGACGGAUCAUUUGACAUUUCAGGAGAUCUUGGUAUUGAACCUCCACCUAUGUUUGCCAAUGUCGAUUCAGGCAACCAGAGAAUGCGAGAUUGGUCUUUCGAUAGACAAGAUAGUCAGGAACUUGUCAUCAUGAGAAAGCUGAAUUUAUCAGAACGCCGUGAUUCCUUUAAAAAGCAGGAAGCUGUUCAGGAAGUAAGUUUUGAUGAGUCAGACCUGCAAGGCUCAGGUGAGUCAGGGGGUGAGCAUAGAAGAGUAGGCCUUCUUGGAAUGUGGUGGCAGUCUCCACACAAGGCCUCAUGGAUGGAGUCAAGAUCAGAUUCAAACUCUGAGUCCAUAUCUACUAGCUUCUCUGAACCAUUUCCUUUAGGCCAGACUCUGCCAUCGGUUCCUCAGAUUGAAGUUCAAAGCUCUGAAGGAGAUGAGCCUGAUAAGGGCACAGCAGAAUGGGAGUGUCAAGGGUCAUACUCAAUCCAGAUGUCUGGCAGCCCUACAUGCACUCCCUCAGAGAAUCAGGAUGAUGAUAAUGGAACAAGUGGAGGCACACACAGAAUUCAGGAGAGUAAACCACGGUUAUACAUGCGAUCAAAAACAACAGAGUAAGAACACAAUACUGCUAUUGUCACAAGAACUGAGCACCAAAAAUGCCAAGGAGAUACUUCCAGUUUAAAUAUUCAUGUUUCUUGAAGUCCUUAUAUCCAUAAAAGAGAAUCGUUCAUUUUUCCAAGUGUUCGGGUGUUAACUUCCCCGACCCCAUGUGCAAAAAUGGGAAAAGGAGUUGAGGAUGGAUGAAUGGGUGUACACUUUUUCUUAAUUUGCCCUCUGAGUUAAAUUAAGCCAUUUAAACACUUUUGGGAAAACCAUCUAACAAUUUUGCCUCACCAUUAUGGGAAAUGUCUCCUAACUAAAUACUAAUGAUGGUGUUCACAGAGAAAGGAUCCCCCAGAAUCUGCAUUCAUAAACAUUUUGUACUAAAUGAAGCAAGCUCAUCUAUUUUUUUAAUGUUGGGGAGUAGUUGGGAGUAGAAAAAGGGGAAUACCUUGCAAAGAGUGCAUUUGCAGACCAAUAUUUAGCCAAGGAAAGAGGCAAGGCUUUCAGAGCAGUAGGACCAGAGUUUGCUUCACUCUCUGCUAAAUUAUUUAUUACUUUUAUAAGCUAAUAUGUGAAUGAAUUCUUCAGACACCUUGAAUUUUAUAGUGUAAGGCUUACGGUUGUGUCCAUUUUACACCCUAUGAAAACUUGACUUAAAAGGAGAAAAAAGUUUACUAACAGAAUUCAACCAAAUGGCGGAAAUGUUAUAGAUGCACAGCACCACUAAUCUAGCAGCUGAAACUUUUUUGGGGGAGUGGAACAGAAUAAUUGCUAACCUUCCAAUUUGUCAGGUUAUUGCAGAAUCAGAAGUAUGGGAGCAACUUUUUUAUUUCAAUUGCCAGUUUUCUCAAAUACAGCUUUUAAGCAUAAAUGAGGGUUGUACUGUACUGUGCUCAGUACAGUAAAUACAGUUUUCUGCAACUUCUCCCAGUGGAAUAUGAUGAGGCUAUUGCUGUCUUUGCUAUAAGAUAAUGUACUGGUUUUGGUUGGUAUCCCUUUACUUUGAUGGUCAUGUGAUGCCAAUAACUUACCAUGUAAUCACAGUUUAUUUGUAUGUUAAAUUUUCUUCACUGCAGACCUGUGUUAUACACCAGUUUCUACACCAAGGCAACCCCUCUUGGUGUCUGAAUUUCCUAAACAGUGUUGAUGGACGUUUUCUUAGCAUAAUCUCAAAGACCUGAGCAGCUUUACGUUUGCAGUUUGUGCAAGAUGUUACUUUUUUAUUUUAAGGUUAUCUUAUGUUCACCCUGCACUGUUUCAGAAAAGCAGAGUAGGCCCAACCAAGUACCGUAUAAAACAUGUUUUAAGCAGAAAUGGACCAGCAUGCAUUGUGAAGAGAAUUUAAAGAUGCUUUUUACACCCAAAUCUGUUUUUCUAGUUUGCCAUUGUAGAUGGGUUCUUGAAGGGUGGAAUGAAGAUGUUUUCACAGCACUAAUUGAAUGUUCUUCACAGAAAUUCUUUUGAGUAGCAGCAUCCACGUAUUCUUCAUUUUAAUUGUUUUGCAUUUAGUCCAAAUGUUUAUUUUUGUUAUCUGUAUUUGUAUCAAAUGUGCAUGGUUGAGAGAUGACCAAAUGUUUUUGUAUGGUAUUACCAUAAAACAAUGAAUAACCUUUCAUUGCUUUACA